CUCCCUUCCCCGUGGCCCCUCCCUGCGCAGGUCCCGACUCCAGCCGCACCUCCUCCGACUCUGCAGUGGCGGCGGGGAGGCGAGCCGGAGUGCCAGCGGGCCAGGGCCGGAGCCGAGCCGGGGUCGGGGCAGCAGCGGGGACCCUCGGAGGCGGGGCCAGUGGGACCGCGAUGGGCGUGGAGAUCGAGACCAUCUCCCCGGGAGACGGAAGGACAUUCCCCAAGAAGGGCCAGACGUGCGUGGUGCACUACACAGGAAUGCUUCAAAAUGGCAAGAAAUUCGAUUCAUCCAGAGACAGAAACAAGCCUUUCAAGUUCAGAAUUGGCAAACAGGAAGUCAUCAAGGGUUUUGAAGAAGGCGCAGCCCAGAUGAGCUUGGGGCAGAGGGCGAAGCUGACCUGCACUCCCGAUGUGGCAUAUGGAGCCACAGGCCACCCCGGUGUCAUCCCUCCCAAUGCCACCCUCAUCUUUGACGUGGAGCUGCUCAACCUAGAGUGAAGGCAGGAAGGAACUGAAGGUGGCUGGAGAUGGCUGCUGCUCACCCUCCUAGCCUGCUCGGCCACUGGGACGGCUCCUCCUGCUUGGGGCUCUUGAUCAGUGCGCUAACCUCACUGUCCCAUGGCAUUAUCCAUUCUCUCUGCCCAAGUUGCUCUGUCUGUGUUCCAUCCCUGUUCACGCUAAUCUUUGCUUGAGGAAACUUCGGUUGCAGAUUGAAAUGUUUCCGGUUGUGCAUUUUGCGUGAUGCAUGUAGCAGCCAUUCUUGAUCACAGAACAGAUUUCUUGUUCGCACAAUCUACACUGCCUUACUUUUACUUAAGCCAGACACACAAGGUGCUCAGACAUGAAACGUACGUGCUGUACACAGAGGGACUUGAGCCAGUUACCUUUGCUGUCACUUUCUCUCUCGGAAGUUCUGCUGACUUAAACAAUGUCCUCUUUGAAAACGGUAUGUAAAAUAAAGGCUCUGUGCUUGACAAA